AUGUAUGCUAACCAAAGAUUAUCAAUGUUUCAAAGUCAUAUUGAUCAUAAACAAAAACGAACAAUUCCAUCAUUUCCCUUCCUGUCAAUAGAAGAACAAGAAAACUAUGAAUUAUCAAAGUCAUUACAACAGGCUACACCAUUGAAGAGCGCCAAUAUGACAAUUUUACCAUCUCCAUCACCACUGGCAUCCACAUCCUCAUUGCCGUUAAUGGGCUCAUGUGUGAUUGGUUCGAAUGGCUCUACAAAAGCUGUACACCAACAAGACCAACAACAAGAACAACAACGACCAACUCCCCCACAACUGCCUCACUUGAUAUCUAAUCUUCCGAUUACUCCAAUUACUUCAAGUUCAUCAACACCUGAACUCGAUGUAGUGGAAACUAAAUUAGUUUUAAAUGAUGUGCUAAAGGAAUUCAACAAUGGUAAAAUAUUAUGUCUCAGUAAAGAUGACGAUGAUGGUGAAGACAAUGAAAAAAUAGACAUUGAAAAUGAAUCAGUCAUUUAUGAUACUAUAAAUGAAAUAUCUGAAGAUAAGUUCACUACUAAAUAUGAUGCCAUUAUAUUGAAUAGAUUAGGACAAGAAUCAAGUUAUGAAAUCAGUAAUUAUUUAAAAAAAUUACAUAAUGAUAUCGUGGUUAUAAUAAGAGAUGAAUUUGAAUUUGAUAAUGAGAAUAACCACAACAACAACAAUAAUGAAAAGUUGGAUUUUGAUCUUUAUGUUGAUUUGGAAAACUCGGUUAUUGUGGAUAUUACAAAACGCAAAUAG